AUGAGACUACAUUUAGGAUCGCCACAAGCCGCAGCUUUGAGUAUCCUAGCUUUACUACCGAUGAUAUUGGCAGAACAAGCUACAAUCAGCGAAUCCACACUGUCGAUCAACAAUAUACGUUUCAGUACACGUGCUCAUUGGAUGCGACAGGCUAACACUGCUCUCUCACAACUGCUAUCACCAUGUCCAUUCGGCGCUUUUGGCACUGUGAUCGUCAACCAUACAGCUCCGGGUGAGGAUGGCUUGGGGACAUUAGUCUGCAUGGGAGCAAAUAAUAUUUCUCUCACGGGUAAUCCGACCUUACAUGGCGAAAUCGCAGCAAUCAACAACUGCUCCGCGAUCCUCACCGACCCCAACGGACCGUACAAUCUAACAACAUCGCAAGCGCAAAGGGCAUUCUCCUCUCUCUCGCUGUAUACCAACGCCGAAAGUUGUCCAAUGUGCGCCUCCGCCAUCCGCUGGGCCGGGUUCAAAGAAUACAUCUACGGGACGAGCAUCGACACGCUGAUCGCACAGGGAUGGGGCCAGAUCCGGAUCCCGAGUAUCGAGGUCUUCGCGCAGAGCUUCGACCUCAGCUACCCGUCGCGGCUGAUGGGCGAGGUGUUGGUGAAUGAGACAGACCCGUUCUUCAGUUGGCAAUUCAACCCGGAGUAUCCGUGUCCUAGCGGUUGUUCGAGAGCGAGUGGUGGGUCGGGGUCUUGUGCGCCACUUUGA